UUUGUGCUGAAAAGAUUUUCAUAUCGGCAAGUUGGAGUAAUCGGAUCAUUUUUGUAUUUCGCGGGGAGUUUUGGGGUUGUUUUUGCGACGGAUCUACAUCACAUUAUUUUGGCUUACAGCAUCAUUCAGGGCAUAGGAGUGGGUUUGAUAAUGCCUUCUGCGUUAUCAGCUGUGAACUCUUAUUUUGAAAAGAAGAACGCCUUGAUGAAUAGCGUGGCACAAGCGUUCUUAACCUGCGUGAACAUAUUUUUUCCCUUAUUUACCAGGAUUUUACUGGAUGAAUACGGUUUUCGUGGUACCCAAGCUAUAUUUGCCGCAAUUAGUUUGCACGCACUUUUAGGCUCUAUUUUGCUGCGACCCGUGAGCAUGCACAUGAAGAAAGUUGAAAUAGUAACGCCCAAAGAUUUUUCUUAUGACGAAGUAUCAAAUAUUUCUGCGAGAGAAGUUUCAUAUAGGCCGGCUGAGGGCGAGCAAUUAUUGUACAAAGUUGUAGAUCUAAAGGAAAGUGGAGCGUCAUCGUUACAGUCUAACAAGUUAUCGAAAUCGCUUACUUCCGUUACAAGUUUCGGAAGUAUGGUAUUUGCAAUCGGCACGAAGAAGAAGAACAACAGGGGGUGUCUGUUUUCCAUAUGUGAGAUUUUGGAUAUGGACCUUCUGAAAGACAUAUUCUAUCUCAAUAUGGCUUUUGGUCUUGCAAUUUGCACAAUGUCCGAAAUGAAUUUCAUGGCAAUAUUGCCUUUAUUUUUAUUCGACAUUGGUUUUAGCAAAAGGGACGUUACAGUAGUGAUGACGGUCUACUUUGCAUCUGAUCUAGUAAUGAGAGUAAUAUUCGUAAUUGUGGCAGCCUUUUUCCAGUUUAGUUGCAGAAAAGUAUUUCUUUGUAACGCGAUUCUUACAUUCCUAAUACGACUGGCAUUUUCAGCAUAUGACUCUUUUUGGUGGAUAACAACGAGCACGGCGAUCCUAGGAUUUUCACGCUGUCUCAUACAAACUCCUAUGCCUAUUGUUAUUGCAGAAGUGUAUUCAGAUAAAUUUGCAAGUGCCCUGUCUUUUUAUAUGGUUGUUACCGGAGUUACUUCGAUCACUUUGGGUGCCGUAAUGGGUAUCGUUCGAACGAAAACUCAAAGUUCUACGAUGGUUUUCCACGUGUUGACCGUUUGUUUUCUUUUUUGUAUUGUGCCAUGGACAAUCGAAAUGAUAUACAAAAAGUUCAAGAGACGAAAUGUACGAAAAGAACGAAUAAUAGGACUGGGAACAGGGCUGUUACUACCUUCAGCGUUAUCAGCAGUAAACGUAUAUUUUGAUAGAAAAAAAAGUUUGGCCAUGGCUAUUGGGCAAACGGUAAUGGCACUGGUAAACAUUGUCUAUCCUGGAUUUACCAGGAUUUUACUAGAAAAUUAUGGAUUUCGAGGGACACAAACUAUUUUCACUGCAAUAAGCUUGCACAUUAUUUUAGGAGCGUUAUUGCUGCAUCCUGUCAAAUGGCAUUUAAAGCGAAGGUUAAUGGAUGAUGCAGAGGUUUCAUUAUCAGACUCUACUUGCUCGAAUAACGAAAACAGCGCAAAAUAUUCCCCGGUACCAUCAGAAGUAGAUGCGCAACAACUUUUAGAAGACAAGGCUCUUAUUAUUUUGCCUGAUCAAAAUAAAUUAUCAAAGUCGCUAACAUCUCUGGCGAGUACAACAUUAUACUUAUCUCAAAUUCAAAAUGAAGAAAGAAGUUCAAAAACAAGUAGCAUGGACUUCAUUAUUUUAAAAGACGGUUGUUAUUGGAACUUGGUUCUUGGGUUGGCGAUUUCUGUCAUUUCAGAAACAAAUUUUAUGGCAAUUUUACCCAUUUCAUUUUUCAACAUGGGUUUCACAAAAAAUGAAGUAACCCUUAUGAUGACCAUAUUUUUUACUUCCGAUCUGGUUACCAGGGUAAUAUUCAGUCUCAUAACAGCUUUUUGCGUCUUCAGUAUACGACAACUAUUUUUAAUAAACGUUCUUAUAACGGUAAUAUUAAGAAUAGUUUUCGUUGCAGAUCAUUCGUUUUGGUUCCUGGUUGUCUUGACCGCACUUAUGGGCAGCUCACGGUGUUUAAUUCAGGUACCUGUACCCAUGGUUAUCGCAGAAAUCUAUGCGAGAAAAUUUACCAGCGCAUAUUCACUGUAUAUGGUGUUCAACGGAGUUCUAUCGGUUAUAAUUGGAGCUCUAAUAGGAAUUAUGAAAUAUCAAACAGGUAGUCAUGCGGUGGUACUGCAUUCCCUCACAGCUAUUCUCUUUUUAUGUGCAAUUCCGUGGACAAUACAAAUGAUACAUAAUUACUGGAAAUCCAAAAGAACAUUUUCGCGAUAAAAUAAACCAAUUUUGUAAUUCCUUAACUAAUUUGUAAAUAUGUAAAUAGCAUUUAUUUAUUAACAAAUAAGUAAUUAAUGAAAUGUAUUUUACUAUAUAUUCUAGCUAUCUUGUUUUUUAUAGGCAGUAAAAUAAAUAAAAAGAAGCAAU